AUGGCGAGGAGGCUUAGUGUAUUGCAAGUCCUUCUGAUCAUCUUCAUCCUAAUUGUAUUGGCUGUAGAUAUCCUCUUGCUGCUUUUUGUGUUGGAGAAUCCUUCAGAUACUUCAUUUAUUCCGGAGUGCCCAGAAACCCCCGAAUCAGAAAGGAUAGACUGCACCCCUGGCCAGGCGGUGACAGAGGAAGCCUGCAGAUGGAAAUAUAAGUGCUGCUGGAAGUCUGUGCCAGAUACUGAUGUCCCCUGGUGCUUCUUCCCCAGGAACUGGGGCUAUGAAGUCAGCAAUUGGGUUACAAAUACAAGCACAGUGUACACUGCCCAGUUGAGAAGGUUGCCAUCCCCAUCUCUGUUUGGACAUGAUAUAAUCGACACCCUCUUCAGAGCUGAAUAUCAGACAUCCAAUCGUUUUCAUUUUAAGAUCACUGAUUUCAACUACAUGUGCUAUGAAGUCCCCCAUGAAAAUGUUAAGCUGUUUGAUGGGACUGCCGAUACCUCCAAUAUGAGCUAUCACAUAGAAGUCAUUCAUAAACCCUUCAGCAUCAAAAUAAUGAGGACCAGCAACAAAAGAGUCUUGUUGGACACCGGCCUCGGGCCCCUCCAGUUUGCCCAGCAGUUCCUGCAGCUCUCCAUCCGACUGCCCAGCGCCACCGUGUACGGGCUGGGAGGACACGUGCACCAGCAGCACGGGCACAACGUGGCCUGGAGGACCUGGCCCGUCUUCAGCCGGGAUGCCGCCCCCCCCCGAGGUGAGGGCAUGAUUAAUCUGUACGGAGCUCACACAUUCUUCUUGUGCCUUGAAGACACCCGUGGCUCCUCUUUCGGGCUUUUUCUGAUGAACAGUAACCCUAUGGCAUCCAAGCUCUCAAGUUACAAGGAUGAACAAGAUCCAGUCCCUACCUCAAGUUCUUCCCAAUACCUUAUAACACGCCUCUAUCAGGAUGAAAAGGAUGUCCAGUACUCUGACAUAGACUACAUGGAUGGAAAGAAGGAUUACACUACUGAUGGAGUGGCUUUCCAUGGUCUCUCAGAUUUUGCCAACGAGUUACAUAAAUAUGGACUGAAAUACAUAAUUAUUAUGAAUCCUGGCAUCUUAAAUAACAUUGACUACCAGCCUUAUGUGAAUGGAAGUAAAAGGAGAGUGUGGAUCUUCGGGGACAAAGGCUUUGUCGUUGGACAGGGGUAUCCUGGAUGGACAGUUUUUCCUGAUUUCACUAAUCCAGUUAGUACUGAGUGGUGGAGAGAGCAGUUCAGUGAAUUUUAUAAAGCUCUGGAAUUUGAUGGAGUGUGGAUUGAAAUGGAUGAAGUAUCUAGCUUUCUCCAAAAUUCUGAUCAUGAGUGUGAAGUAAACUACUUGAACUUUCCUCCUUUCAUUCCUCGCGUUCUGGACGACUUGCUUUUGGCAAGAACCCUCUGCAUGGACACAGAGUUUCAAGGGGGCUUUCACUAUGAUGUCCACAGCUUGUAUGGCUACACCACAGCAAGAGCCACAGACUCGGCCAUGGAGAAUAUCUUCCCCAAGAAAAGAAAAUUCAUCUUAUCCCGUUCUACUUUUGCUGGAUCUGGCAAAUAUGCUGUUCAUUGGCUGGGGGACAAUGCAGCCCGACGGGAUGAUCUCCGAUGGUUCAUCCCCGGUAUCCUGGAGUUCAACCUAUUCGGCAUCCCCAUGGUAGGUGCCAACAUCUGUGGUUAUACAGAAAAUGUCACAGAGGAACUCUGCAGAAGGUGGAUGCAGCUUGGAGCAUUUUAUCCACUCUCGAGGAAUCACAAUGGGCCUGGGUUCAGGGACCAGGAUCCUGCUGACUUUAGUGAAAACAACUAUAUGCUGUUGAAUUCCUCCAGACACUAUCUGAACAUCCGCUACACCCUGCUACCCUAUCUCUACACCCUUUUCUACCGAGCUCAUACCCUGGGGGAGACCGUAGCAAGGCCCCUCAUCCAUGAGUUCUACCAGGACCCAGCUACCUUGGAGGUGCACGAGCAGUUCCUCUGGGGGCCUGGACUCCUCAUCACGCCUGUUUUAUACAAAGGUGUGGACCACACAAAAGCACAUAUACCGGCCGCCAUCUGGUGCGACUAUGAAACGGGAGUAGCCAUAGAAUGGAGGAAACAAUCUGUGGAGAUGCUACUGCCAGGUGAUAGGAUAGGACUUCACCUGUGAGGGGGCUACAUCUUUCCCACCCAGCAACCAAACACAACCGCAGAGACCAGUCGGAAGAGUACCACGGGACUCAUCAUUGCCUUGGACUAUAAGAGAGAAGCAAAGGGAGAGCUGUACUGGGAUGAUGGUGUCUCUAAAGAUGCUGUAACUAAAAAGAAUUAUAUUCUGUAUGAUUUUUCUGUCACCUCUAACCGUCUACAGGCAAAGAUUAUAAAUAAUAAUUAUAUGGACCCCAACAACCUCAUAUUUACAGGUAUCAUAAUCUUGGGAAUGGACAAGGAACCUACUAAUUUUACCGUCUUCCUUAAUAAUGCUGCCACCUCCAUUUCAAAUGUUGUCUACACUCAUUCAACAAAGGUGGGAUAUUGUUCAGUCCUGUGUUGCCCUUGCCGGCAGCGUCGGGACUCGCAGCCCCCCGGCUUCACCUUCAAUGACAUGUUCCUUUCCAUCUCCACGCGCCUCCCCUCUCAGUACCUCUAUGGCUUUGGGGAAACCGAGCACACAGCUUUCAGAAGAAACAUAAGCUGGAACAUGUGGGGAAUGUUUGCCUGAGAUGAGCCACCAGCGUACAAGAAGAAUUCCUAUGGUGUCCACCCCUACUACAUGGCACUGGAGGAGGAUGGCAAUGACCAUGGAGUGCUCCUGCUGAACAGUAAUGCCAUGGAUGUGGCAUUCCAGCCUACUCCUGCCUUGACAUACCACACCACAGGAGGGAUUUUGGACUUUUAUAUGGUUUGGGGGCCAACCCCUGAGCUUGUAACUCAGCAAUACAAGGAGUUGAUUGGUUGGCCAGCAAUGAUUCCCUACUGGGCCCUGGGAUUCCAGCUGAGUCGCUAUGGAUACCAGAAUGACGCUGAAAUCUCCAAUUUGUAUAAUGCAAUGAUGGCAGCUCAGAUUCCCUACGAUGUCCAGCAUGUAGACAUCGAUUACAUGGACCGGAAGCUGGACUUCACCCUCAGCCCCAACUUUCAAAAUCUUGGCCUCGUGAUUGAGCAAAUGAAGAAGAAUGGUGUGAGAUUUGUUCUUAUUCUGGAUCCAGCCAUUUCUGGCAAUGAGACCCAGUAUCUCCCAUUCACCAGAGGGCAGGAAAACAAUGUGUUCAUCAGAUGGCCAGACAACAGUGAUAUUGUCUGGGGAAAGGUUUGGACAGAUCUGCCCAAUGUGAAUGUGGAUGGAUCCCUUGACCAUGAACCUCAGGUUAAGCUGUACAGAGCCCACGUUGCUUUUCCUGGCUUCUUGCGCAAUAGCACAGCUGCCUGGUGAAAGAAGGAAAUAGAAGAGUUCUACAGAAACCCUCGAGAGCCAGAGAAGAAGCCUUCAAGCCUGAAGUCUGAUGGACUGUGGAUUAUGCUCCAGGCUGAAGCUGCUCUCUGUGAUAAAGUCCCAUGGCUGUCCAGCCUCAAAUUCACCUUCAGCUCAGCCCCUUGUUCCCCUCCGAGCAGAGCUGUGCAGGAGGUGACGGGACAGCGAGAGAUCGUCAUCACUCGCUCCACCUUCCCCUCUUCUGGCUGCUGGGGGGGACGCUGGCUGGGUGACAGCAUGGCCGUGUGGGACCCACUGAAGAAAUCUGUCAUUGGCAUGAUGGAGUUCAGUCUCUUUGGAAUCUCUUAUACAGGAGCAGACAUUUGCGGAUUCUUUGGAGAUGCUGAGUAUGAGAUGUGUGUUCGCUGGAUGCAGCUGGGGGCGUUUUAUCCAUCUUCCGGGAACCACAACACAUUCGGGACAAGGAGACAAGAUCCUGUGGCCUGGGACUCAAACUUUGAGAUGUUCUCAAGAAAAGUCCUCCAGACCAGAUACACCCUGCUGCCUUACCUCUAUACUCUGAUGCAUAAAGUUCACGUUGAGGGCAGCGCUGUUGUCCGACCCCUUCUCCAUGAGUUUACAGAAGAUCGCACAACAUGGGAUAUAGACCAUCAGUUCAUGCUGGGCCCUGCCAUCUUAAUCAGCCCUGUGCUGGAAAAUAACACUUUUCAGGUCUAUGCUUAUUUUCCCAGAGCCCGUUGGUAUGACUAUAGCAUGGAAUCUGGCAAUGAAUCGGCCGGUGAGUAGAAAAUCCUGGAGGCUCCCCUUGACCAUAUCAACCUUCAUAUCAGAGGAGGCUACAUCGUGCCUUGGCAAGAACCUGCGAUGAGCACUCACUCCAGCCGACAAAAAUAUAUGGGAUUGAUUGUUGCUUUGGAUGACAAUGGGAGAGCUGAAGAUCAGCUGUUCUGGGAUGAUGGACAAAACAUUGAUACCUAUGAAAAUAGAAACUAUUUCUUGGCAAACUUUAUAGCAGCUCAGAACGUAUUGCAAACCCAGACUGUACACAAUAAGUAUUUGAGUGACUCUAAUUCACUGAAAGUUGGAUAUAUUAGAAUCUGGGGCAUAAACCCUACUUAAGUAACACAAGUCACUUCCACCUAUGACAACCAACAAUUCACAGUGAUAAAUUUCAAGAGUGACCCUUACAAUCAGACACUAACUAUUCAAUUGACUGAUGAGAUUAUCAGCCUGGAAAAGUUAACUGAGGUUGCUUGGAUUCACGGUGGUCCUAUAGUUUCUACUACACCUAUGACAAAUACCUUCCCAAUGAGUUCUUUAUAUCCUUCUACUACUAAGCCUACUACUUCUGAGACUAUUAACACUAGUUCUUCUACUUCAAGUACUAUUACUGAAUGCACUACUGUUACUCUUCCUGUCACAACCAUGCCUUUCCCAACAAGUGCUGCUGAAGUUUCAACUGGUACUACUGUUCCUAAUACCACUACAUCUUCCCCUACAAAUACUACUGCUGAUAGCACUAAUGUUACUCUUCCUGUCACAACCACUCCUCUCCCAACAAGCGCUGCUGAAGUUUCAACUGGUACUACUGUUCCUAAUACCAUUACAUCUUCCCCUGCAAAUACUACUACUGAUAGCACUAAUGUUACUCUUUCUGUCACAACCACUCCUUUCCCAGCAAACACUAUUGAUGUUUCAACUGGUACUAUGGUUCCUAAUAACACUACAUCUUCCCCUACAAAUACUACUGCUGAUAGCACUAAUGUUACUCUUCCUGUCACAAACAUGCCUUUCCUAACAAGUGCUGCUGAAGCUACAACUGAUCGAGGUUGA